AUGGUAAUUCCCCCAUUGGCAUGCGCAUUACCAGGGAAAAUAGCCGGGGAGAGAAUAAAUUUGAUAAACAUCGCGCUCAACUCGAAAUUGGCAGAUUUGUUAAGCGAGUCUCUGACUGCAGAAGUGAAGAGCAAAAUAAAGACAUGUUUGACAUUUGGAGCAAUCGGCAGCAAAUCUAAAGCUGCACCACUUAUGAAAUGCGGCAAAUUGCAUUCUGCAUAUCGGACGCAAUAUGCGUUGACCGUGAUAACCACGCCUUCGGUGUUAGAAGUUCGUAUAAAAGCAUGCAUCCCAGCAUCAGUGUUAAUAGUCGUGCUCGCCUUAGCAGCGGUGGCUCAUAGUUCGGUGUUGCCAUUGGAUCACGCCGCUGUAGAACUAGCUGAACCAGAAAGAGCAGAUGUCACGAGUUUCUCAUACGACGUAGCAGACCCGUACACUGGCGAUGUCAAGAGCCAAUCAGAAACCCGCGUUGGAGGUACAGUGCAAGGGCAAUAUUCACUGCUUGACGCUGACGGCACCAGAAGAACAGUUGACUACGCUGCCGAUGAUCUCAAUGGAUUCAACGCUGUCGUGAAGAAAGAUGCUGUUGGUAUUGCGGCUCCAGUUUUUGCUCAACGCGCUGUUGUUGCUCCAGCGUUGACUCACAGUGUAUCUGCUCCACUCGUGUCAGCCGUUCCAAAUUAUGUGAACACUGGAGCUGUAGUUUCUGCUCGUACCGUCGCCGCUCCUUCUGUCUACGCCGCUUCGGCUCCCCUCGUAUCCCGCCCAGUUUUGAAUGGAGCAUCUCUCGUUGCCACACAUAAUUUAGCAGCCCCAGUCUUAACUGGUACUAGUCCUUUAGUCAGUGCUCGUACUUUAGUCGCACCCUCUGCUUACACUGGUGCUAAUCUUAUUUCGCCGCGUACCGUAGCGGCACCUUCUGUUCUUACUGGUGUAGCUCCUGUUUUAGCUACGCUUUGUCGGACAGUCGACCUUGCAUUUCCGGAGGCUGAUGUCAAGUGA